AUGACAUUUUUUAACUAUUUUGCUGAGUCAAUCCAAAAAAUUUGGCUUCAACCGGCUCUCCAUUUCGCUCGCUUAUCUGCCUCCUCACAUUCUCACUCAUCAGUUGUGGCUAGCACCACUCUCUCUCAUCAGAACUCUCUCCCCCAAAUCUGGUUGUUCUUCACUCGUCUCUCUCAUCAGAGUCUCCCUGCACUCUCCCACCAUCGUCGAUCGCUGUUCGUGGCCAACAAAGGGCAAACCCAGCGAGUUCAGAGGUGGGGGAGGCGAAACUCCACACCGAUUGCAUCUCAAACACUACCGUCAAACCAGCGUCGCCGAGGUCGUAGCUCUGCAAUACAACACAUCUGUCUCAAAUUCUCACUGAACAAACCCCACUGUUCGAUCAAUCAGGCAGUGAGUUAA